AUGGGUGCCACUCCUGCGAAUGAGAUCGCGUCAACCACAGACAUGAACAAAAACGUCAAAGACAUUGCAGUCGAUGAGGACCAAGACUCCCAAGCAAACAAAGAGGGUACCCAGGCAUCUUCCACAAAGUCUCUGAGCGAGAGCAUCACGGAGUAUCGUCGCAUUCACGGUCGAACCUUUUCCCAAAAGACAGACUACUGGGGCCCCAAUGAUGAGACGCAAAAUGAAGCAUUGGACAUUGCCGAUUUUGCCGACGAAUUCCCAUCUGCUGAGGUCAUUGGUGUAGAUAUUUCACCCAUCCAGCCCCCGUGGGUUCCUCCGAACUGCAAGUUCUACUUUGAUGACGUUGAGCAGCCAUGGACGUGGUCCAAGGACUUUGACCUCAUCCACAUUCGCCAUCUCGAAGCAAGCAUCGAGAACUGGCCGGCGCUGUAUAAGCAAGCUUUCGACCAUCUGGUUCCUGGAGGCUUUAUUGAGGUCAAGGAAUUCGAUAUCACAACACGAUCUCAGUUUUUUGGUGAUUGUAUUCCCGAAGAUCACAUUUUUCAUCAAUGGGCCAAAGUCAUGUUUGAGGCGACUGAUAAGCUUGGCAAGACGCUGGCCCAAACCCAGAAUCACAGCAUUGCCAGAGCUCUUGACGCAAUUGGCUACGUUGACAUAGUGGAAAAGAGAUUCUCUAUUCCCAUUGGUGCUUGGCCUAAGGAUCCGAAGCUGAAGGAAGUUGGGCAGUGCAACUUGCUCUAUAAUGACCAGUCACUUGAGGGAUUUGCUCUAUUCUUGCUCAAGGAGGUCCUGGGAUGGGCGUAUCCCAGGAUCGUCGUCUUUGUAGCUGAGAUGCGUCAAGCUCUUAGAGACCCCAGUCUGCAGGCCUUCUUCCACCUUCAUCUUGUCUACGCACGUAGACCUGAUGAGGUGGAACAAAUACAGACUGAACUAGAGGAAAUGGAUUGGAUGAAGGUUGAGAAUCUGGUUUCAUUGCGAAAGACCUACGAUGAAAGAUCAUAA